AUCUGACAACAUUUCUUAAAGUGCGUUGUGGUGAAUUGAGGAAUUCUCGGCUGUGAAGAAAAUGUCAGGUUAUGCGUUAGGUUUCGAUUUGAGUACUCAGAGUUUGUCUGUUAUUGUGAUGGACUCUGACUGUGAGGUAGUACUGGAAUAUUCUUUGAAUUUUGAUCGAGAUCUUCCACACUAUCAAACAAAGGGUGGUGCUCAUGCUGGUGAAAAUGGACGUUUCACAUCGCCAGCUCUAAUGUUUGUGGAAGCUUUGGAAAAAGUCUUCGAACAUCUCAAGGAAAGAAUACCUUUGGAUCAAGUUCGUUGCAUAAGUGGUUCUGCUCAACAACACGGGAGUAUGUAUUGGAGACGUGGUGCUGUAGAAUUGCUUCGUCACUUGAAUCCCGAAGUUGGUAUAGCACAACAGUUACAGACCGCCUUCUCAAGACAAGAAUGUCCCAUUUGGAUGGACGCCAGUACAAGGAAACAGUGCAAUUAUUUGGAAACAAUUUUAGGAGGACCAGAAAUUGUGGCGGAGAAAACUGGCUCAAGAAUAUAUCCAAGAUAUACUGCUGCUCAAAUUCGAAAAAUAUAUGAAGAGGAACCACAAAUAUAUCAAGAUACUGAACACAUAAGUUUGAUAAGUUCAGGAAUGGCUUCCUUAUUACUUGGAGAAUAUGCUGCAGAAGAUGUCGCGGAUGCUGCAGGUACAGGAUUCUUUGAGUUACAAUCAGAUCCUCCCAAAUGGUGGGACUUGGCAGUGGAACAUACGGCACCUCUACUGAAGGACAAAUUGGUUUCAGAACCAGUUUAUAGUUAUUGUCCUUUGGGUAAGAUUCAUACAUACUUUGCAGAAAGAUUUGGACUCGAUAGAAAACAUUGUUUCAUUUUUCCAUGGUCUGGAGAUAACCCUAACAGUGCUGCUGGUCUCUUAUUACAAGCAGAACGAGAUUUAGCAGUUUCAUUGGGUACCUCAGACACUGCAUUUGCAAUAACAAAGCAAAUCAAGCCUAGAAUAGAAGCCCAUGUUUAUCGCAGUCCGAUGAAACCCUUGGAAUUCAUACCUUUGGUUUGUUAUAGUAAUGGUAGCUUGACACGUGAAGCUAUCAAAGACAUGGAUAGCAUGGAGCCAAGGACUUGGGAAUCUUUCACCAAUUCUCUUUUACAAACACCACCUGGAAACAAUGGAAUCUUGGGCUUCUAUUAUCGAGUUCCAGAAAUACUACCAAGUGCAAAGCCUUGUACUCCCACAUUUUUCAAUAUGGAUAUGAAACUCGUAGAAAAUAUAGACUAUAAUACCAAAGUUCGCGCAAUAGUUGAAAGUCGAUGUUUAGCGAUUAAGAUACAUAUGGAUCGGUUCCAAGUGAAAUACGACCGUGUUUGGGCUACUGGUGGAGCUUCCGAAAAUGAAGAAAUCUUGCAGAUACUUGCCGAUGUUCUUCAGGCUCCAGUUCAUCGAGUAUUGUAUUACAACAGCGCUUCUUUAGGAGCAGCUUACAGAGCAUGGCAUGGUAAAGCUUAUGCUGACAAUCCAUCUAACUUGGAAGAUUUUCACGACUUUAUCCGAUCCAAACAGCAGCUAUCACCUAGCAACAUAUCUAAAAACCGGAAACUUGUUUGGCAACCGAAUCCAGAAGCAUCCCGUGUGUAUCUCAAAAUGUUUCCUAUCUAUGAAGAUUUGGAGAAAUCUUUCGAAACUCACUAAAUCUCUAGGUUUUUCGAAAGAUAUCUGCAAAAAGUUCUACUUUACAAUACACUACCUAUUCAAGUUCUAUAGUGAGACAGAUCUAUAUGUAUGCAAUGGAUAAAAAAAACUUACGUUAGGGACAGAAGGACUCUUGAAAUGAGAUACUAGUAAAAGUCCUUGUGCAAGUUGUGAUAAAACUAGGCCUUGUUUU